UUCGUCUCUUUAACAGUCUUGGGUUAUCAAGUGAAAAAUAAAAAUACACCUCUAAUCUUUAUAUAAACAAUGAUCAUUUCUUAGGAAAAAUGAUGGUGAUAUAAGUCAGAACACUAUUAAUUUUUUAUUUUUGCUGUCUAUUCCUUAGCUAUGAUGUUUAAGGAGAUAGUCCAAGUGUUGAUUAUAUCUAAAGAAAUUUAUCACCAUCAGACAAUCUAGAUCAAGAUGAUAUAACAAGAUGUUAGGCUACUUGAUGCCGUUUUACGAAAAUGUUAUGAUAUAUUAUGAGAACAUAUCGUACUUUUACAUACUGUGCAUCACGGUGUCUUUUAUCGCCGUUGGCAUCUGUUGGACGUUGGAGGGGAAGGAGAAUCACCGGUUUGACAAGGGAGAAAACGACGAGAAUCAAGAAUGCAGCGAGGAGGAAAAGGGAGACGAGGCUGAAAACGACACCAGCAGAUCGAAUAGCGCAUCAGGGCUGGUAACCAGUAAAACACCGAUUGAACAAAUUGCACAGAAUCUGUCUCAAAUCGACUUGGAACAAGAAAAAGAAAUUGAAAAGGAACAACUUAAAAGCAUAUUCAAGCUCUUACAACAGGACAGGGACAAGUUCCAAAUUGAGUCGUUGCAAGAAUUAGAAGAACAGAUGAAACUUUAUAGAGAGUGAAUUUAUCCACAGAGAUUGAAACUUAUACUGUUACAUUAAAAUUUAAAAAAAGUCAGCAUGUUUCUAGGUGGUGAAUAGUUUGUGCACAGUAGUUCUCAUUUCAUAAAAAUAAUUUUGCUAAAAA